UCCGGAGUUUCGGACCAGCGCUGCCACUAAGCAAACUGCAGCUCGCAUCUCUCUCUCCAUGGCGGCGCCGGCGCCGGAGCCCGCGGCCGAGCCAUCGGCGACGCUGAGCAUCUACAAAGCGGCGCGGAGCAUCAAGAGGCGGGCGAGCACGCUGUACAACGCUCUGCGGAGCGUGGCGGAGGACGCGGCCUUCGUGGCGGAGGUCGCGGCCCUGUGGCCGGCGCUGCCGCUGGUCGCCAACCUCCGCUGCGGCCUCUGGUACGCGCCGCCCCGGGCCUUCGCCGCCACCUGCUACUUCAAGUCCACCGACGGCCACGCCGGGAACUGGUCUUUCUCGACCGCACGCCUCAACCUCCACCUCGCUCUACUCGCCGGGAACAGAGGAGGGUGCAUAAUAGUUGAUUCAACAAGGAGAGGGAAACGAUUCCCUGAUAGUAUGUCAAAGACCAUACCUAUUUGGUGCUGUGUCCUGAACCGAGCAAUUGAGAGGCAUCGGCUGCGGGCUAUCCACAAGGGUGGUGAAGUGAAUUGUGAAGUGUCAUCUACUAUGCUGAAUGGAGAGACCAAAAGUAACUCCUUUUCAUCUAACUGGGAUAGCUCAGUGCAUCUUCCUGUAUGGGUUCUAGGCACUGAGAAAAAUGCUAUUGAGGGGCGCAUUGAGGAAUGGACAGAUCAAUUUGAAUCAUGUGGAGCAGACAUUCAUUCACUUGCAAUAAGUUUGCAAAAGCCACUACGUCCUCUAUGGAUAUCACAAAGGACACGCAUAUGGUUAAAUGAAGUGCCAGAGAUUGAGUCAUGGGAUUUCAUUCCUAUCAUACUAAUUUCUGCAUCAGCAUCGGAUGCAGUUGCUACGCAAAGGAUGUCUUCAGAAUUCAGCUGGCAAUAUAUCCCCGGAGCAGGAGAUGAUGAAGAGAGUUGGGCACGUGGUCUAACUCCUACCUUAUUCUGGAAACAUUCAUAUGACCUUCUUGAUGCUGGACCAGAUCAUUGUAACCAGUUAGUUGCAGAUAUUGUUGAAAAGGAUAGGGUUUAUCGUGUGCAGAGAGGUGAACAUUCUCCUCAAAUUACAGCUAAGCCUCUGAAGGGCUAUGAUGAUCUCAAAUGUAAUGAUGAUCGUACAAGCACUAUGUGGCCUAUGAACUCGGACCCCUGUACCAGUGCAACAGAUGCGCAAUGUUCCAAUAGUGGUCAUCUUCUCUUCUGGAUUGGAACAUCAAACCUUGCAGUAUCAUCUACUCUCCAAGUUGCAGAUGCCUUAGUUGGCGUGGACUGCAUACUGAACUGUGACAGCACAUCAAAGUUACCUUCUAAUUCAUCAGAAAAUUCUUACCUUGAGCUAUCUAUUGUGGGCUCAAAGGAUGACCGAUUUUCAUUGAUGAAAAACCUUUCAAAGGCAAUUGACUUUGCUAGGAGGAAUUUGCUUGCUGGGAGAAAAAUACUAGUAUGCUGUCAAAAUGGAGAAGAUAUAAGUAUUUGUGUGGCCUUGGCAAUAGUGACAUUGUUGUUCGAUGAUAACGGAUGCUUUGACUCUGGCAAUUCUUUCAUGAAAAGAGACAUCACAAAGUUGGAGAUGAGGAAGAGGCUGGUAUUCAUUUGCAAAUUUGCAGUAAACGCGCGGCCAUCUAGAGGAAACUUGAAGCAGGUUUAUGGUUUCCUCAGCAAUGAAAAGGAACGUCUGUCACGUUUGACAUAGCUUCGUCUUGUUGUCUUAAGCUGCUGUUUCCAUCCCUUGCAAUAUGCAUCAGAUGAGGUAUUAGUUAUGAUUCAUUGCCUGCAUGCAUGGAGCUCUCUAUUGGUUUGAACUUCAGAGUUGGUCUUUCACGCCAUUUUAUGAGAUAUGGCUAUACUGGGAAACAAUAGUUCCCCAGGGAUUGCUAAGCCCCAGACAAACUAUGACAAAUGAUCUCAUACUGGGAUUAGCAUUUGAGGCUGAGGUUUAUUAGUACAAGUUCGGUACAAAAA